CAAGGGCAUACCAGUCAGUGGUAUGUGUCAGAACGAAAAAUGGCAAGAUUUCUGAGGCCCAACGUUAGGAGCUUCCUCGCCACACAGCUAAGGAUGUCAUCCGACCAGCUGGGUGAGCUGGGCAAAGGUGCAGGGAAGGGAGGAGGAGGUGGAGGAUCAAUCAGGGAGGCAGGAGGAGCCAUGGGGAAGAAGCAGGUUGCUGAGGAGGAAAUGUACUUCAGACGCAAAGAGCAGGAGCAGCUAGCUGCUCUGAGGCAGCACCACCAAGAGGAGAUUGACCAUCACAAGAAAGAGAUUGAGCGUAUGCAAAGAGAGAUUGACCGCCACAAGGGAAAGAUCCGAAAGCUGAAACAUGAUGACUGAGACUGUGACAAAACCCAAACAAAGCUCUUUAUCUAUUGCUUGACAAAGCUCUCUAACAAUCAUGGUGUGAAGCUCUGUCAUUCUUGAUUGCCAAAGUCCUUAGUAAAUUGCCUGCAAUGCAUGCAGAAGAUUUUCCAGUGAAUGUGCAGUUGAAUGUCCAAAAUGUUUGAGUUUUUUAAAUUGCAAUCAUUCAAGCAUCCUCAGAUUUUACCUUUAUUGUGUGCUCUCAUUCAUAUUUUUGACUUGGAAUGUAGACAUGUAUUUAAAGGAAUGGAAAGGGAUGUUUUACAGAAAAAAGGAAAGAAAGAAAAAUUACAUUAUUGCCUUUUAUUGAAACUUUCAAAGUAGCCUACUCAAUAUCUGCAUGCAAGUGUUCAACUAUGACUGCUAUGAAAUAAAACAAUAUCAGAGA